AAACCCAAAUAUCAGAGACACUAUAAAUUGAAGUUCCAUUUUUGUUCCGAAAAUUUUCUUCAAAUACAAACUUCACUCUCUCUUUGAUCCUCUCGGCUUUAACAAUGGCUUCUUCCAUCGCAAAAUGCUCGAAGAGAAGCUUCUAGAAGCUAGGCAUACAGGAAUAAUAUCCCUAUGGUUUAAGAGGCUAAAGGAUCUAUCAGCCCUCGAGUGCGGCAUGAACCAUGUUCCGACCUCAAGUCCAUCGCAUUGCAUUUCCAAAGUAUUGUCCACAUCGCAAGUUGGAAGAUGCUUAUCAACGGUGAAACAGGCGCCCACUGAAUCUAUGAUCAUUCAAAGCAUUAUUUGCUGAUAAACUUAAAAUGCAUUUAGAUGUUGAUGUCAAAGUUGCACUUGCCUCCUCUGCUUCAAUGAGAUAACAAGAAUCACUGCACCGCUUACAAAUAGAAGACGAAGUAGGUCUUCGACACACGAAGGAGGAUCGAAGAGCUUGUUCCCAGCUUCUAAAAGCUCCUCUUCGAGCUCCUUGUUGGCGGAAACCAUUGUUAAAGAGAGAGCAAAUUUGUGAAUGAAGAAUGAGAAGUCAAUUUUAUAGUAUCGGAUUUUAUGAGUUCGUAAAUUUAAGUGAUUUGGAAUCCGAGAUUUGUAUUUUACAAUUUUUAUGAGCAUGGGAUCCACGUGGCUUUUAUUUUUCCUUUUCAAUCGUAAAUAAAGUUGUGGAUUCUUUUUCAUUUUUUGUUUAUGGAUUCUUUAAAAUCGCAUACGCGUACUGCUCCGUUGGAUGAAUAUGAUAUACCCCUAAAAAUCAUCAAAUCUUUGUAAGGUAUGUAUGAUCAGGUUUAUAUGUCUAAGCGAUGUGGGACUUUGGCAUUUUCUCGAAGAGAUAUCUACAAGUGCUCGAUUUUUACCCUCCAAGUUUCAAUUGCUUGAUUUUAAUCCCAAUUUAGUCCAUUUUGCAGUUGUUUGUCAUUCAUUAAUAUUUUGGUUGAAAAUUGCUGAUGUGACAUUUUAAAAUAAAAAGAAAUUGUUUUUAAAACUAAAAAGAAAGUCAGCAGAUGGCCCCUCAUUUCAUUAUCCCCACCAACAAUCAGCAAUGAAUGAUGCGAUUUUCUUAAUCCCUCUUGAGCAUCGAAUAUCAUGUUCAUCCAACGGAGCCGUACGCGUAUGCAAUCUUAAAGAAUCCAUAAACAAAAAAUGAAAAAGAAUCCAACUUUAUUUUCGAUUGAAAAGGAAAAAUAAAAGCCACAUGGAUUUCAUGCCUUAUAAAAAUUGUAAAAUCCAAAUGUCGGAUUCCAAAUCCAAAAUUUAACGUAAAUUUACGAACUCAUGAAAUCCGAUACUAUAAAAUUCACUUCUCAUUCUUCAUUCAUAACUUUGCUCUCUCGUCAACAAUGGCUUCCGCCAACAAGGAGCUCGAAGAGGAGCUUUUAGAAGCUGGGAACAAGCUCUUUGAUCCUCCUUCUUCCAUCGAAGACCUACUUCUUCUUCUAUUUAAAGUUGGAAGGUGCCUACGAAGGGUUGAACAACUACCUACUGAAUCUAUGCAAAAUGCACUCUCUCCAUCUUUGAAAGCAUUAGUUGAUGAUAAACUUAUGAGACAUUCAGAUGUUGAUGUCAAAGUUGCAGUUACUUCCUGCUUAAUUGAGUUAACAAGAAUCACUGCACCUGAUGCUCCUUACAAUGAUCACCAAAUGAUGGAAGUCUUUAGAUUAAUUGUAUUUUCAUUUGAAAAUUUACAUGAUAAGUCAAGCCGAUGGUACGAAGAGAGGAUUUGGAUCCUUGAAGUGUUUGAAAAAAUCAGGUUAUUUGAGGUAAUGCUGGAUCUUCAAUGUGAUGCCCUCAUUUUUGAGAUGUUUCAAAAUUUCUUUAAGACAAUAAUGGAAUAUCAUCCAGAUAAAGUUUUCUCUUUCAUGAAAACCAUAAUGGUCUUUGUUCUUGAGGAAGGUGGUCUGAGUGAUGAUACAGCUCUCGACUUACUCUCUCCAAUCAUGGAUAGUCUAGACAACGGCAAUGAGGUAGUUUUGCCAAUUGCUCGUAAGUUGGCGGAAAGUGUUCUUCAAAAAUGUCCAGCACAGCUUACAACCUAUUCAAGGCGAAUUGCUAUCUUGUCAUUAGCGCACUCUAGAACUGCUACAGCAGCGUAGUGUGGUGGCGGCCCUGCACUGCCACAACAUAGGGCUGUGAAGUGCUAGUGAGAGAAGUGGUCGUAGCAGCCGCAAAAAGUGGUCGAGUAGCUAUUGAAACUUUUGUGCCAAAUUAGUUUUUAUCUUUCAAAAUAUUUACAACGUAACUUCAUACAUGUAUGUAUGUUUAUUAGCAUGACUUCCAUAGUUACUUAGAUACAAAUGAAGUGAUUAUCUGUUGAAACUUUUUCCUA